CGCUGAGCUACCGGAAUUAACUUUUAAGAUUGGGGGUCAAAAGAAGGGGGAAAAAGCAGGGCAACAAACUUUUUGUUGUUGUUGUUUUCCUUCUGACCGAAGGUUACAGACCAAAGGGCAGUCGAAACUGUUCCUCGCUCCUCAGAUGAUUGAAUUGCAACUCCGGUGACAGUUCUUUUCUUCUUUAAUUUGGCCCAUGCAGCGCAGAAGUUUCUUCGAUUUCAAGAGACGACCUCACACUUUUUAUUUUCAUCAGAGGUCGGUGCGAUCGAGUAAUUCUUUUCUUGUCUUUUUCAUCAAGAAAGUGAGGAAAGGCUUUGGGAGUUUAGAGGCCGCGACCAUACCCCAUUCUCGCGCCCUUUGUCCUGCCCUCGCGGAUUAUUAUGCCUGCAGUAUACCUUACAUCUCAAACUUGGAGGGAGUUUGGGGGAGAGUGAAAGUGCUUCAAGCGAGCCAUCUGAUCAAACACUCUCAUUGCUGUGUAUUGAAGGAGGAGGAGGUAUAAGCAGCUCGCUUUGCUUGGCGUGCCUGAGCGGAAACAAUCCAUCGGCUACCUUGCGUAUUUCAGUCUCCGGGUUUCAGUGUAGAACUGACCAAGGAGCACCUAACACAACGCCAAACGUCCGUCUAUUGCAUUCUAUUAUCUGUCACAAUGAAGUCGACCGAAUGACAUGGCAGGGUUAUUAUGAAAUACAGAGUAACAUUGGAUUUGCUACAUACCUGAGCUGCUACUUCGAUUCCACGCUGAUUUGAGAGAUUGUUGUAAGAGUGAUACGGCUCGAAAGGAGUGGAGGAAUGGCGACGCGUCUAUCGCGUUUUCUCAGCCGGGCUAGAGCGGGCCAGUUGCAUGGAGUGAUGCCCCAGUCCGUUCAUGUUGCCCGUGUAUCAUCUUGUCCCCUUCCAUCGGUCCCCUCACCGCUUGAAUCUUCCCCAACGACGACCCCUUCAACUCCAUCUACAACUCACACCAGUACUACUUCUACUACCUCAACUUCGUCGACAAUAACUGACUUGGCGUCGAACAAUAUUUCGUCUUUGAGUGUUUCGCAUCGUUGUGAAUUUAACCACACUGACUCGACGAAUACUCCAAAACCAUCCGAAAGAAAUUCUUCGUUACGAGAUGAAGUUAAGUCAUUUGAGGACAUUCCGGGUCCCAAAGGAUGGCCGAUCUUAGGAACUCUUGGAACAUACCUCAGUGGAAAGGGGCUAGAGAGAAUAUAUGAUCACCAGAUCGAUUUCACCAAAAAGUACGGCCCGAUAUGGAAGGAGCGUUUAGGAACCUUGGAGUUUGUCAACCUAGCGAAGCCAGGUCUUGUGGAAGCCAUGUACAGGAACGACAGCAGGUAUCCGAGGAGGUUAGACAUGAAGCCUUGGAAGGUCUACAGAGCGCACCGGGAUGAAUCAUUAGGAGUACUAACGCACGAAGGUAAAGAAUGGCAUCGAGCUCGACGGACGAUCGGCAAGAAGAUCAUGCCUCCCAGGGAGGUAGCCGGGUUCACAGGUGUCAUCAACGAGAUCGUCACCGACAUGAUCGAGAGACUCCGCUUCGUUCGAGACACCAAGGGUGAAGGAGAUGGAGUGGUACCGGAUCUUCAGAACGAGAUGUACAAGUGGUCGAUGGAAUCCGUCUUCAAACUGCUCCUGGAGACCAGGAUAGGUUGUCUGAAGGAACCGAUCCCAGAGGAGUCUCAAAGGUUCAUCAAUGCGGUAGGUCAGAUGUUCGCAUCGGGUCAGAUCAUGUUCCUCACCUCACCCGAGUGGUUCCGGCGGUGGAACCUCAAGCCUUGGAGGGACCACGAAGCAGCCUGGGACUACAUCUUCAACUUCGCCAAGAAGUCGAUUGACGAUCGUCUUCAGGAGCUAUCUCUUGCAGCCUUGGGAGAGGAAGGUGGCGUGGUAGAAGACAGUGGCAUCCUUACCCAUCUGCUAGCCAGUCAGCAGCUUAGUAUGAAAGAGGUCUACAGCAACUCUUGUGAGCUCCUACUCGCUGGCGUUGAUACGACGUCGAAUACGCUUGCAUGGGCUUUGUAUGAACUAUCUCGUCACCCAGAUACCCAGGAGAGACUGGCCAAAGAAAUUGAGGGCGCCCUUGCCAAAAAGGACAGAUGUAUCCCAGAGCAUGAUGAUCUUCAGUGCAUGCCACUAUUGAAAGGGGUCAUCAAAGAAACACUGAGGUUGUAUCCUGUGGUUCCUGCCAACAAUCGAGUGUUAGAUAAAGACGUAGCGAUAGGCGGGUAUCACAUACCAAAAGGGACCAUGAUUGGAUCUCUUCAGUACGUGAUGGGACGAGACCCCGAGAUCUACCCCGACCCUCAUACCUUCUUACCCGAUCGAUGGCUGAGGAAUAGCGGUGAGGAGAACCAAGCCGAUGGGAGGGUGUCAUCUUUCUCUUCCUUACCUUUUGGGUUUGGACCCAGGAUGUGUAUCGGUAGAAGGCUUGCCGAGUUAGAGAUGCAUUUAGCACUAGCAAGGAUAUCUAAAUCUUUCAAGCUGCGAUACCACGGCACAGAAGAGGUCUUCCCGGCUAUCCGGGGUAUCCUGGUACCAGGCUCACCUCUUAAAAUCAGCUUCAGGGAUAGAUGAAAGAGCCUGAUGAUCCUGUCGGGCUUACCAUCCUUGUGACCCGACACACUUCAAAUGAGCGUCAGGGAUGUAGGUGGAAAGAGUCGCUGAUACCAAGACUCUUUUCAGCCACAUAAGGGAUAACUUUGCCAGAUUCGCUUGUAAUCACUUUCCGAAAGUGGGAAAACGAUCGAAGAAGAUGGAACAGAGAAUGUAUGUCCACCUAUAUAUGCGAAAGAUCUUAGACUCGCUUAAAUCAGCUUCGGGAGAGGUGAAGAGAAUACGGUAGAUGUCGCUAACCAUUGGCGGCAGAAGCGAAAAGUUUUAGGGGGGACCACCAACAUUUUUGGACAAGCAAAAAAAAAAGUUAUCAACCAAAAAAUUUAGGGGGCGCAUGAAACAAAAUUGACAAGCAAAAAAAAUAGGUUAUCUACAAAAAAUUUCCGCCGCCUAUGUCGCUAACGAAAAAUCAUAGUUCCAAGCCCAAUCGUAAAAUCAUCGCAAUGGAUCGCUAAAAAUGACCCAAUACUAUGGAAGGUCUUUGAAAUGGAAGGGAUUUGGGAGGUGGCUCACUGUCGUUUACUUCAGGGAUAGAGAAAGACAUCUUCUUGACCGAUCGAGGAUUUGACUCGGAUCAGACUCCAUGCUGAAAAUCAGUGAUUGGAGAUUUCAGGGCAUCGGAGUGAUUUUUGGGGUAUAAAUGUCACAAUCCUUCACUUGGCCCAACUCCAUGGCUGUACGACAAGGACAGGGAAAAUUUCCGUGUCCUCUUAAAUUUCCAAAACCUACAUUUUAUUUCAAUUUUUCAUAGAAAUUUAUCUCAAGUGUGCACCAAAUUUCAAUUUGUAAAUAAGAAUUCGUACUUUUCUGAUCACACUGGUAGCUAUCGUUUCCAAAUUGCAUAUGUCAGUGUAUGUUCUUUAACAUUUCAGCUGUUUUUUUUCUCCCCUAGGUAAAAAUAAAAUGUGUACGGCCAUGCUCUGAGCUCAAAAUGAAUUUUUGUUGUACAAAAAAAUGGAAUAAGAGUGGAGAAGCUGAUUCUUUUUUGUAUAUUCGUAUUUUAUUUAAUUAAAAGAUAGUUUCUGUUGUGAUAAUGAUGUCUCCAAUUUUCGCAAUGAUUCAUUUAUAUAACUACCUUAACGUAUUUUAUUUACAAUAAAGUUUCUAUUUAUUCACAGUCAAUUCACCAAUAUUGACGAGCUAUAACGUGAUAUUUAUUUCUAUCUGACUAAGCGUUUCAUCUACCUGUUUGUUAUAUAUCUAAUUUAUUUGCAUUGUGUUCACAUAUUUAUAUUUGUAGUUUUGCUUGAAUUGCACCAAUAGAACCGACUCCAAACCAAACGGUAUGUCAUGGGAAA